UAGAGAAAUAAGUUGGAGAACCUCACUCCAAUAUCUAUGUAACUUGAAACUAUGCCAGAGCAUAUGAAUGAAAUCACCCUGUUGGACCCUACACCUUGGACAAUCAGAUGAAUCCCCUGCCCCACCGAUACAGUUGAACAGGGAUCCUAUAUGCUCGAUCGAGAAAAAACAAUUGAGACAAUUUAUGAGAGGGAGAAAGAGAAAUUCCUGGAACAGAUUCCAGGGCAGCAUCCCAGACAUCUCCAGCAAACUCUUCAAUACCCCGAGACCACUGCGCCCUGCUCCGGAGACUAGCUUGAUCCUGUACUGUAGACAAUAGCUGGGAGUAUGCCCGAGAAAUCAUGCCCUUCUUAUGAGUUGCCUGAGUGACAUCCUUAAGAAAAACUAAGUUUGUCAAUGUGAGAUUAGAGAGCAAAGACUGAGCCUGUACCGCAUGGCGUAGCUGAAGUGUAUGUGUAAAUGUAAAUUACAU